AUGGUUUCCCUUUUUACUGGGAAGAUCCUGAUUACAAACAACAAGGACUGUGAUGAAGUGGACACUGAGCGUGAACGUAGCCAGAGACUGGAUAACAAAGUGAUGCUGCUGUAUUUUGGAUCUGGUGAAUGCACUCGAUGCCAGGAGUUUUCACCUGUCCUCAGAGAUUUCUUUGUGAGACUCACUGAUGAAUUUUAUGUGGAAAGGGCUUCCCAGCUGGUCCUGGUGUACGUGUCUCAGGAUGAGACAGAGGAGAAGCAAGAAAAGUUCCUGAAGACCAUGCCAAAAAGGUGGCUGUUCUUACCCUUCCAGGAUGAGUUCAAAAGGGAGCUGGAGUUGAGGUUUGCUGUGUCCAACACACCUGUAGUGGUGGUGCUGAAGCCAAGCGGGGAGGUGAUUGCUGGGAAUGCUGUGGAGGAGAUCAGGUGCUUGGGCACUGCCUGUUUCAGGAACUGGCAGGAGGCCGCUGAGCUGGUUGACAGGAGCUUUCUCUUGGCAGAGGACUUCGAUGACUUGGCCAAGAGGAGCAUCACCGAUCCGAUCCGCCGCCUCAAGUACAAGCUGGACAAGAAGACAAGGAAAAAGAAGGAGACAGAGGAAGUGCUCUGUCCUGAUAUGGAAUUAUGA